AUGGAAUUUCUAAAGCAACCGAAACCGAUGGACUGGGGAGGUGACCAAGCCUUAAAUUGGAAGAAAUUUAAAAAGAGUUUUGGGUUAUAUCUGGUCGCGACUGGUGCAAGCAAGAAAGCGGAAGAAAUUAAAGCGGCUAUAUUAAUGCAUUGUAUCGGCGAACAAGCAGUCGACGUAAUUGAUACGCUGGGAUUGUCAGAGGAUGAACUAAAGGUAAAAGACACAAUUAUAGCAAAACUUGACACGUAUUUUGUACCAAAAACAAACGAAAGUGUUGAGAGACAUAAGUUGAACAUGAGGAUUCAAGGACCAACCGAAUCAUUCAAUGAUUUUCUGCAAGAUCUCAGAAACAUAGCGGCGUCCUGCAACUUUGGAAACAUGAAAGAUGAUUUAAUCAAAGACAGAAUCGUGUGCGGUAUAUACAAUGCGAAAGUGAAAGACAGGUUAUUAAGAGAAGACGGACUAGAUCUAGACAAAGCAAUAAAAAUUUGUAGAGCUGCGGAGUGUACAGAAAAUCAUUUAAAAAAUCUAUAUGAUGGACAAAAAACCGAAAUUGGUAUAAUUGGCACGUCAAGGCCAGGAAAAAAUGACAAAGGCGGCAAAGGAUCGGCAAAACAAAAUAAUGGCAGAAAUCCAAGGUCAUCAGGCGAUAAUCAGAACGGGCAAAUGAGCGGACGAAAUAACGGAUGGCAAAAAGGCAGAGCACAAGGAGAGAGACGACAACAACAAAGAAGGAGGGAUGACAACGUCAAGCAGCAAGCGGCCAACGAAUGCAUAAGAUGCGGAUUAAAACGGCAUAAUUAUAAUUCGUGCCCAGCAGUAGGUCAAACAUGUGUAAAUUGUAAAAAAAUAGGACACUAUGCAAGGGUAUGUAGAAAUGCGAAAGUAAAUGAAAUAAAUGUUAAUAAUGUAAACGAACAAGACAGCGAUAGCGACUCAGAAUCGUAUAUGGUAGGGUCACUAGAGGUUAGCAAUAAAGUAGAGACAUAUAUACUAGGUUAUGUGGGAGAAGGAAACAGCAAGGACGACUGGUUUACUAAAAUGUAUGUAACGGAAAUAAAUAAAACUGUCACAUUUAAAUUAGAUUCAGGAGCCCAAGCAAAUGUAAUUCCAGAAUAUUUGUUCAAGAAACUAGGAUUAAAACAUACAUUAGAACAGUGCAUGAUUAAAGCUACCAAUUAUUCAGGUAGUAUGCUUGAUGUUGUAGGAAAAUGUAUUCUAAAAGUGAAACAUAGAGGAGAAAAUCACAGUCUGCAAUUUUUGGUUAUUAAGACUAAACCAGUAGCUCAAAUAGUACUAGGGAUUAAAACUAUUAAAGCCUUAAAUCUGGCGGUGUUAGUAAACACAAUUAAUGAGAGUAAGUUGGAUCCGCUAAAAGAGUUUAAAGAUAUAUUCAAAGGAAUAGGACGAAUAAAAAUAGAACCAGUAGAUAUUAAGCUAAAACAAAACUAUGAGACUGUUAUUGUACCAUGCCGCAAAAUACCAUUUCGUAUUAUUAAUAAGCUUAAGGACGAAUUAGAUAGAAUGUGUAAUGAUGGUGUUGCAGAGCGAAUAACGGAACCCACGGAAUAUGUUAAUCCUAUUGUAGUGGUUAAAAAACCAAAUGAUAAAAUUCGAAUCUGUUUGGAUCCACAAACAUUAAACGAUAACAUUCUGAGAGAGCAUUAUGAAUUACCAACAUUUGAUGAACUAACAAGAGAAAUGGCAGGUAGUAAAUAUUUUUCAGUGCUAGAUGCCAAUAAAGGAUUUUGGCAAAUAGAACUAACAGAAGCUGCAUCAAAGUUAACGACGUUUGCAACUCCAUUUGGGAGAUACAAAUUUUUAAGGUUACCUUACGGGAUUUCAAAUGCUCCGGAAAUUUUUCACAGAGUCUUUUCACAACUAUUCGAGAAAAUUCCAGGGUGCACAAUUUAUAUUGAUGAUAUUAUUAUUCACACAAAAACUCAAGAAGAACACGAUAAAAUGUUAUUAAAAGUCCUAGAGAAAGCCAGAGAAGUAGGGGUAAAAUUCAAUAAAGACAAAUGUAAAUUCUAUCAGACUGAAGUUAAAUAUACAGGCCACAAAUUCUCAGAAAGAGGUAUAAGCCCUGAUCCAAACAGAGUCGAAGCAAUUAAUCAGAUAAGAACACCUAAGAAUGCGAAGGAAUUAAGUAGAUUUAUGGGUAUGAUAACGUAUGUAAGCCGAUUUAUUCCUAAUUCAGCGCAGAGAACAAAAAACAUGCGACAGUUAAUGAAACGUAACAUAGAAUGGUUAUGGACGGAUGAACAUGAGAAAGAAUUUAGUGAUCUCAAAACAGUGUUAAUGAAAAGUCCAGUCUUACAAUUUUUUGACAGUAAUGCGGAAAUUACACUAUCAGUGGACAGUUCAAAGGACGGCAUGGGGGCAGUGAUCUUACAGAGUCAAGCACCCAUAGCAUAUGCGUCAAAGUCCUUGACAGAGUCCUUGUCAGCAAGAUUACAAAGACUCAGAAUAACAUUACAAAAUUAUGACAUUGAAGUCCGUUACAAAUCAGGAAAGCACCUAUACUUUGCUGAUGCUCUCUCAAGAGCACAUUAUGACGAUAAAGAUUGCGUAAUUAAUGAAAAUGACAUUCAAGCACAAAUUGACCUAAUACAAUUAAGUGAUGGAAUUAGUCUUAAGAGAAAAGAAAUCAUUAUUACAGAAACAAAUGUAGAUUCAGAAUUGAUAGAGUUAAAGAAAGUAAUUAAAGAAGGUUGGCCCAAAAUGAAAAAUAGCUUAAAUGAUCAAAUUAAACCAUAUUGGGGCAUAAGAGAUGAGUUAACAGAAAUUAACGGGUUAAUUUUAAAAGGAAACCAAAUAGUCAUCCCAAAAGCUUUAAGGCAAGAGAUGCUAAAUAGACUUCACUACGUACAUUUAGGGCUAGAAAAAACAAUGUUGAAAGCUAAAGAAUAUGUUUAUUGGCCAUUAAUGCAGAGUCAGCUCAAAAAUAAGAUCGAAAACUUCGAUGUAUAUUCAAAAUUUCCUGAGGUAAUAGUACUAAGAAACGGAACAACCAGCCAAGCGAUCAUUAGGGAAAUAAAACCAUGUUUCUCGAGACAUGGGAUACCUGAGAUUGUGUAUACGGAUAAUGGACCUCAAUUGGCGAGUUAUGAAUGCACUAAAUUCUUACAAAAAUGGGAAAUUAAACAUAAAACGUCCUCACCAACGCAUGCACAGUCAAAUGGAUUUAUUGAAAGGCAAGUUCAAACUAUCAAAAAGAUCCUGAAAAAAGCAGUACAUGAUGGAAAAGAUGUGUCAAUGACGCUUCUAGAGUAUAGAACAACCCCAUUAAGUAAAGAAAUGCCUUCUCCAGCAGAACUGCUAUAUAAUAGAAAGUUAAAAGGCCAAUUACUCAUGAAACAGAAAAUUCAUUAUGAUAAAGGCGCGAAAGAUUUGACGGAACUUAAAACAAAUCAAACUGUGAUGCUAUUAAAUAAUAAGAAAGAAUGGGAACCAGGCGUUAUAUAUAGCGUAGAUAAGGAUAAGCCGACAGCGUAUAAUGUCAAACUUAAUAAUAGUGGAGUGAUCUUAAACAGAAAUCAGCGAUUUCUCAAACCUUACGUAGCCAAUAAAAAUGUAAAAAUAGAAAAAAAUCAAUAUGAAGAGUUACUAGAAGAUUACAUAAACAAAGCAACAGAAACGUGUGUUGAAAGAAAUGCCAACACAGAAAGGGAGGAAAAUAGAGAGUCAGUUAACGAAAAUCCAAGGGUUGAGAAGUCACGAUUGUCUGAGAACCAGGAGAUGGAACUUGUUAGGGUAAAUGACAGUUCUAAAAUUAGAAACCCACGAACAGAGAAUACCAAACAAAUUAAUGUAGAUUGCGAUCAGAGAGUUACUACUAGAAGUGGUAGAGUCAGUAAGAAACCACAGUACUUAAAGGACUAUGUUUAA